AUGGCACCAUCAGAUAAACUGCUGAGGGAAUGUCUGAAAGAUUUACAGAAAAAUGACCAAGCAGAGGAAGUAUCAGGGCAAAGCAAGUUUAGUCAUGGUCUUGGUUUGCCAAACGAUGAAAUUGAAGAAACAAAUGUUAUUCUUCGGAAUAUCGGCGAUGUGAAAGAUAUUUCCACUCGAUUACCGAAUGCUAUUGCGAUGGUAAAUGUAUAUGGCACUACACUGUUUAUCGCGUCUUAUGCUGAUGUAUCAGAUCAGGAAUUAGAAGACAAGCUUUCUGAAAAAAUUAAAGAUGCUAUAAUGGGUCUUGAAAAUGAUUGCGUUAGUCACAUUGUGGUACUUGUCGCAUCAUCCAAUUCAUAUCCACUAUUUUUUUAUUAUAAUAUGGAGACUCGUGAAGAAGUGGUUUCACAGAGAAAUAUUGAUCUAGCUCAUUUACCAAAGCUCGGUCUUCACCGUUUAAAAGAAAAUUAUGAUUUGGAAAAAAUAAAAUCGCCACACAAUUGUUGCCAUCUAUAUAAAGCAACGGGAAAACAUGAUAAAACUGAAAAACGCUUUUUUUAUCGAACAGUCGUACGAAUACUCGACAGUUUUGCGGCGGAUGAGGUAACAGCAUGUUUGAAAAAAGUUCUGAAGCGGGCAUGUAGUGAAAUUGCAAUUGCUUUGUAUAAAUCGAGUGGUGUGGAUCGGAGUCAUGUGUUUUUGUUCAUAGAUCGAACUUCCACGAACAAAAAAAUUAAAAUGAGUCCUGCAGAUUGGCGAAAUGUUGUUUAUAUGGCAUAUCGUGAUUGCAAGGAAGCCUUGUGGUCUUCACGUGUUAACCAGGUUGAGAUAGAUUUCAUUCUGUUUGGCAAAAGAAGAAGUUUUGAACAAGCAACGAAAAUAUUGAUCACUGAUAAUACAGGCUUCACUCCAUUUAUCAAAUUUCUAAGGGCAGAAGUGAGCAAUAGAAGUUCAACUAGUAAUUGGGUCCAUGUUGAUGCUGGUAUGGACGGUUUUGAAUAUGGACAGGAAAUCAUGGUUGAAGGUUGUUGUAAUCCAAACUGGAAUCCAUUUGUUGAUCAUUAUCCAGUACGCUCUGAGAUUGAUAAGCGCCGAUUGAAGGCACACCUUUCUAAAACUACAUAUGUUUAUGAUUAUCCAUUACUUUUUCAACGCGCUCUUGUUGUUGCAUGGACAUCCGUUCCCGAAGUAAAGAAGCCUAAACCAUUUAUUCCUCAAAAACUUUGUUCAUUUCGCGAAUUGAUCUUCGAUGAAUCUUCUCAUGAGUUAAUUAUGAAAGAUACUCCUGGUACACUCAGUACAAUAGGAAUGGUAGCUUGGCGAGUUCUUCUUAUUGUACCGGAAUACCCUGAAGGGCGAGAAGUCAUUGUUAUUGCUAAUGAUAUAUCUCAUCAUAUUGGAUCAUUUUCUAUGCAAGAACACAAUCUUUAUUAUGCUGCAUCAAAACUCAGUCGCAUGGAAGGACUUCCACGUUUAUACAUUGCUGCUAAUUCUGGUGCAAGAAUUGGACUAUCCGCAGAUUUAAAGAAAAUUUUCAAAGUAUCUUGGAAAGAUAAAAACAAUCCACUUGAUGGUUUUGAUGGACUUUAUCUGGAUGAUAGUGAUCUUAUUGGUCUCGAAGAUAUUGUGAAAACAACUCGUUAUGGUAAUCAUAACCAUAUAGUUGGUAUCAUUGGAAAAGAACGUGAUUUGGGUUUCGAGAAUUUGGUUGGAUCUGGUUUAAUUGCUGGUGAAACUUCAAGAGCAUAUAAUGAUGUUGUAACUUAUACGCUAGUUACUGGUCGAACGGUUGGAAUCGGCGCUUAUGUAGCAAGAUUAUCAAGGAGAAUCUGUCAAGUGGAAAAUGCUGAUAUUAUUCUAACAGGCGCUCCAGCAUUGAAUUCACUUCUUGGAAGAGAAGUAUAUACAUCUAACGGUCAGUUAGGUGGCACUCAGAUAAUGACUCGCAAUGGAAUUACUCAUUCUUCUGUCAGUAACGAUUUCGAAGGCGUUUGUCAACUGAUCCGUUGGUUAUCACAUACAAGAAAACACAAUAAAGCCGGCUUGAAUCAACAACCUUUUAUUGACCCAGCAGAUCGACUUGUAGAUUUCGUACCAUCGCCUAAUAAAGAAGUUGAUCCACGAUUCAUGCUUACUGGUCAUUAUGAUGAGACGACUUUAGAAUAUCUCACUGGUUUCUUUGAUAAGGACUCCUUUGAAGAAAUUAAGCCUGAUUGGGGCAAGACAGUUAUUGUUGGACGCGCUCGUCUUACUGGCAUUAGUGUUGGGGUAAUUGCCGUGGAAACUAGAAGUGUGGUUGUCGAAAUUCCUGCAGAUCCUGCAUCUCCAGAUUCUCAGGUGAAAACAUUUCAACAAGCAGGACAAGUUUGGUACCCCGAUUCUGCCUAUAAGACUGCUGAAGCUAUUCUUGAUUUUAACAAAGAAUCUCUUCCACUUGUUAUUUUUGCCAAUUGGAGAGGAUUCAGUGGUGGUCAAAAAGAUAUGUUUGAUAUGGUUCUUAAAUUUGGAUCAUAUAUUGUUGAUGAAUUAUGCUCAUAUUUGCAACCUGUAAUUGUUUAUAUUCCUCCAUAUGGUGAACUGCGCGGUGGAGCUUGGGCCGUAGUCGAUAAGAUGAUAAAUCCGAGAUGCAUGCAUAUUUAUGCUGAUUCGCGUUCACGAGGAGGUGUUCUCGAACCAGAGGGAACAGUGCAAGUUAAAAUGAGGAAAGACCUUGUACCAUUUAUUCAUCGAUUGGAUAAAGUGAUGGCAGACUUGGUUUGUCGUCACAAAGCUGGUUAUGAUGUUGAAAAAGAAAUUAACGCCCGUGUUGAACUGUUAUUACCAACAUAUCGCAAUAUUGCUAUAGCAUUUGCUGACUUACAUGAUACACCCAUUAGGAUGAAAGCUGUCGGUGCAAUACAGGGAAUAGUGGAUUGGGAGGAAUCUCGAAUAUUUUUCUCUCGUAGACUGCUUCGCUUAUGUGUUGAAAGAGAUCUGUAUGAUGAAGGUUGCACCAUCACAAGUGUGGCUGAUAUUGAGCAUGCAUAUUUAUUGUUGUGUCGUUAUUUCAAAGAAACGCGUAAAUCUGAUUUCAUCUGGGAUGAUAUCCCUGAUAUAAAAGCAAUAGAGAUUCUGAAAAAAGAAAGAAGCAAAAUUGUCUCGUUUAUGCUAAACGAUCAGUUGUAUAAGUUGGGUUUGCGCUUCGGAGUGUUAGUUUUCUCUUCUUUUAAAUUUGCAAGCAUAUUUUAG